AUGUCACUGUGUUACAGAAUUAUCAUAAAUGGCAGUGAGACUGCCCAAGGAAACGGCUGUUUUUUCCGUCUCAACUUUAACCAAAACUUUAUUACUAUGAGUUACCCAAACUAUCCUUCGGUGCAAUUUCCGCAGUCGAACAUUACUCGUGUCUCUCCCUCGUCCUCUAACUAUCCAUUUUCCACUUCUCAACGCCGUCCGUCCUCCUCACCUUCACUUCAGAGAGAGAGAGAACUUUCACCACCUCCCCCUCAACAAAGAAGAAGUACCGGAAAUUCUCCAAUGAAUAUAAUGGAAAGCACAGUUACUCAACUUCUUAUCACUACAAAAUCCUUGUUGGAAGCUUUGACCGCCUGGUCUAAUGGACGUGCGACUAAGCAACAAGUUUCCGAUAUAUAUGUAAAACUGGCUUAUGAAAUGAACCAUGUUGUUCAAUUAUUUGGACAGGCUGGUGUAGACACGAGUGACAUGAUGAAUAUUCCACAAGACUUGAAAGCAUGUCUUGAGAAUGCUCUUCGUGAAGAGGCUUCUCCUUCUUCCUUGGAGAACCACCUUCCUAAAAUUAGAGAUAUCAUAGUAACUUUGUUACAAGCUUUGAAAACAAAGCAAAGCAUAUACAAUGAUACUCAAAAUAAUUAUGGAAAUAAUAGUCCACAACCGACAUCUCCUAUUAAUGGUCCCCAGUCUAUCUUUGCGAAUCAAUACCCGUCGCCUCCUCCUAGCAAUAGACAAGAUCAUUUGUCUUCUUCCGAUACAUUACAUAGUAAUGACGGUAGUAGUCCUGUAGAUCCUGUAGUUGUUUUAAAACGUGAUAAUCUCGAACGUCGUGCUUCAAGAAGAUAUUCUGCUUGGGGAACCGGAAAGAAAACUAACCCUCGUUCGUCUAAAAAAACGAGUUCUGCACAACCGCCGGUGCUUAAUAUACCUGAAGAAGUCGAAACUGUACAUGAAGAUGCAACUUUAAAAUCUAAUGGCUCUAUUAUAACACCACCUAUAACAUCACCUAUAGAAUCUGUACCUUCAAACAACGGAAAUGACAAACCUAGUUUAGAUAAACAUAAAGCAAAUGAUGAUACUAAAGAUUCAAGUAAUAAGAAUUUUAUUAUUUUAUAUUUGCAACUUGGAAAGGAUAUCAAAAAAAUAAAGCAUGAUGGAGAUAUAAAUAUGACUGCACUACAAAUGUUGUUUGUUGAGAAAUUCCAAUAUAAUCCUGGGAUGGAAAACUUUCCCAGUAUUUAUAUAAAAGAUCCACAAGUUGGUAUACUUUAUGAAUUGGAAGAUCUGAGUGAAGUUAAGAAUAAAUCUGUUCUAGCUUUGAAUGUUGAGGAUCUAGAUCAAGUAAAAAAGCAUAUAGACGAAAGUAUCGCCGGGUUAACAAAAGAGAUACAAGAUAUCAAAAAAUCCUUUGCUGAAAAUACUGAAUUAUUACGUCGUGGAAAUAUUACUACUACUACAACGCCAAAUAUUACAUCAACCAAACCUUUAGAACAACAGUCCAUAUCAUCAUCAACUGAAGAGGUCGACUCAAUACGUAAAAAGGACGAAAAGUUAGAUAAAUCAAAGGAUAAUUUAGUGAAUAAAAUUGCUAGUGACCUUAAGAAUCAUUUUCAUGAAGUUCAAAAUCUUCGAAGGGAUUUGGGUUCAAUGCGACAGAUCUAUAACGAAUUUCAGGGUGAAACAAAAAAAUUAUUUGAAUCGUUGACUACUCAAACCGAGUCUGUUAAACAAGUUGCUUUGACGAAUGUUGGAUCUUCACGUUCAUUCAUCGAUAAUGGCAAAACAAAAUUGGACGCUCGAUCAAUGGAUCUACUUAGUAAAGUUGACGAGCUCCAAGACAUUAUAGAUAGGAUGAAAUCAGACGUUGUAAAGAGGGGUGCUAGGCCACCUCCCACGGAAAUUCAACAUGUUAAACAAGAAUCAAUGGCUGUUGCUAAAGAACUUUCUUCUUUGCAAGAAUAUGUAAAAACUGUCAAGCCAACAUGGAAACAAACAUGGAAGCAAGAGUUGCAAACAAUUGUUGAUGAACAGCAAUUUUUAAAUCAUCAAGAAGAGCUUUUAGAGGAUUUACAAGAAGAUCACAAAAAAUUAACUGAAGUUUUCAAUACUAUUCUCAAAGUAAUUAAAACCCCAAGUCAAACUAGAGUAUAUGUGCCUCCUACAGUGGAAGAAGGUUUUGAUGGUUUAAAAACUGUUCUACAGGAAGUUCGGGGAAUCUCACCUGAUCAUGAACGGCGAUUAAAAGCUUUGCAGGCGGCCGAAAAGCAGCGCGAACGUGAUUUAGCCAAUCGUAUUGAUGAAUUUGAGGCUGAAUUAACAGAUUUUGUUGCCCAAAAUAAGUUAAAAAAGACUGGUGGUGCACAAGAGGUAGAAAGACUACGUCAAAAGAAAAAUGAAGAAGCAUUAAAAGAGCUUUUCAAGACUGAAAAAAAUGAAUAA